AUGCUACACUCAUUCUUGAGGGCGGUGACCUGCCUUUCUAUUGCGUCCUCCUCCCUCGCCAUAACGCCAGGCUUUCCCUAUGGAUCGCAGAAAGUCCGUGGGGUGAACCUUGGUGGAUGGCUCGUCCUCGAGCCAUGGAUUACGCCGUCAUUAUUUGACGCGACGGGAAACGACGCCAUCGUCGAUGAGUGGACGUUUGGCCAGCUUCAAGACCGGAAUGUUGCCACUGCCGCGCUCAAGAAACACUGGGACACAUGGAUUACGGAGUCUGACUUCGCCGCUAUUGCCGCUGCAGGAUUAAACCAUGUGAGAUUGCCUAUCGGCUAUUGGGCAUUCGAAGUGGCUCCUGGCGAGCCCUUCAUUCAAGGACAGCUUCCAUAUCUCACCAAGGCAGUCACUUGGGCUCAAAACCACAAUUUGAAGCUCAUAGUUGAUCUUCAUGGGGCACCAGGGAGUCAGAAUGGGUUUGACAACUCCGGGCAGAAGAAAUCAUUCCCCGGAUGGCACUCAAGCUCCAGCAACAUCGCACGCACCAAUGCCAUAAUCAAACGCAUUGCUUCCAUGUUUGCCACUCAGACAUCUACGGUCCCCAUCAUUGCGCCUUUGAAUGAACCCGCUGGCUUCGAUGGCCAAGCUGUACUAGAUGCGACGCGUCAGUACUGGUUCGAUAGCUAUGGUAACAUUCGCUUUCCUUUCGGAACAUCACAGCAAGGCAAUACGGUUGUAUUGAUCCAUGAUGCCUUCCAGCCCUUGAGCUUCUGGGCUGAUUUCAUGGACCCUCCUCAUUGGGAAGGUGUAGCUAUGGACACCCAUAUUUACCAGAUGUUCUCAGAAAACCAAAUGAGUCAAUCUCAACAUAUCCAAACGGCAUGCAAUAAAGCUUCGUCCCUAUCUUCGUUUCACCUCUGGACGAUUGUUGGAGAAUGGACACCUGCGGCCAACGAUUGUGCUAAGUAUCUCAAUGGUCGUGGUGUUGGCUCUCGCUUCGAUGGAUCAUUCCCCGGCUCGACUCGAGUGGGCAGCUGCACAGGGCUCACUGGGAAAGCUUCUUCCUUCAGCGCAAGCUACAAGACAUUCCUCAGGCAAUAUUGGGAAGCGCAAGUCAUCACGUUCGAGAAAGGCGCUGGCUGGAUUCAGUGGACUUGGAAAGCUGAGAUUGCGGACGAGUGGACAUAUCAGGCUGGGUUGGCGAAUGGCUGGAUCCCACAGAACCCGACGAGCAGGCAGUUCCCCAAUAUUUGUGGAUAA